AUGUAUCGGCAGGAUUCCCCGCUGUCCUUUGACGAGGACACCAGCUCGUGGUAUCUGGAGCAGACUCCGGCGGGUUCGAAGGACCUCUGCGAUAGGUGCGAGGAGGUGCUCAGCCUCGCUGCGUCCGACUCGACCUCGAAAGCUUCCGUCCACCACCAAAGCGCCGGGAGCUUCUUCAAAGCGGCUGAUGGAUCCUGCCUGAUCUGUAGCUACCUUUACGGCAAGAUACCGUGGAAAGCCGAAUGCUUCCCGGCCGAAAUACUGGAGGCCAUCGUCCCAGGCGCACCUUUCUCAACGUAUUCCGUAUAUCGCACCCGACUGGAGAUUCGACUGGAGUGGUUAGGUGAAUCAUAUGAUCCGGGCAAAGGGUUGAUUUGGUCCCUUCCUUACCCGCUGAACCGGAAUGCACCACCAUCCUUUGUCUCGGACCGCCCAACGUAUAACCUCGAUUUCCAGGUUUCUGAUUGCAAACGCUCGCACAUUGAGCGCAACUCCGUCCCCUCCGCCAUCGGCCUCGCGGAGAGGAUCCCGCAGAUCAAGUCUUGGCUUGGUGAAUGUGAUGGCCAGCAUUCGAUAUGUCGUUCCCUCAAAAGCUCUUCUGGCUACAUCCCUACGAGAUUACUGGACGUAGGCUCUCUCAAGGACCCGUACGUUCGCCUGCUAGAAUCCCAGGAGUGUUCGGCUCCUUGCCGCUACGUGACGUUGAGCCAUUGCUGGGGCCCAACCAAGAGGGAAGGACCGGCUCGAUUGCUGCAAGCAAAUUACGCCGCCGCGCGUACCGGCAUAACCAAUCUCCCAAGGACAUUCCUCGAAGCCGUCGAAGUCGCACGGCAUUUGCAGGUCCGGUACCUAUGGAUCGACAGCCUAUGCAUCAUCCAAGACUCCCCACAAGACUGGGAGUCUGAAGUAUCCCAAAUGGAUCAGAUUUACGCCAACUCGUACUGCAACAUUGCGGCUGCAGGGGCGCGGAACACGACCGGCGGGCUGUACCUCGAGCAGAACCCCCGUCUCCAGCCGCCGUGGCGGCUCUAUCUGCGGGACGCGAACUCGCAGGCGGCGAAGCUGAUCGAGCUCUCCGCGUGCGCCCCUUUCGGCGACGAGUUCGCCGCCGCGGCGCUUAACUCGCGCGCCUGGGCAAUGCAAGAACGCCUCCUCGCGCCGCGCACCCUGCACUUUACCCGGAAGCGCCUGUACUGGGACUGCGGGCACAGCUUCACCUGGGAAGGAUGCAGCGUGCCGCGGACCGCGUGUCAGCUUUCCAGCUCCUCGUACCGUCCGUCGUGGGUGACGCCGCUCACGGAUGCGAAGCUCUCGCUCGCUUCGCUCCUUCACCGCAGCCGGCAGCACGCCGCGCUAGCAGUGCAGGCGCCGCAUGACGACAAGAUCCCGGCGCUGGAUGACGAACCCAAUGCCUUGCUUACCAUGAUCCAUGCACAGUGGACGGCCAUCGUCGCACACUACACUACUCUUUCCCUGGCAAAGCGGACGGACAAGCUGUUCGCCCUGGCCGGGUUAGCAAAGCUAUUCCAGUCCUUGCUUGAAGCGUCUUCCUCCCCUUCGCCCUCACCUCUUCCCUCCCCCUCCAGCCAGUCUCCAGCGCCAUCAUCGCCAUCACCACCAUCAUCCUGCCUAGCCGAGACCGGGAUAUUGCUAACAAACCCCACCACGCCCUCUUCCUCCACAACAACCACGCCGCUAUCCACUCACCACCAACUCCUCUGGCGCCGCGCCCGCACAGCCCGCACCAACCCCCUCCGCGACACCGACGCCGUCAUCGCACCAACCUGGUCAUGGGCGAGCCUCGACAACACGUCGAUCGUCUACCCGGGCAGCGACAGCACCACCAGCACCAGCAGUAGCAACAGCAGCAGCAGCAGCAGUACCGGCGCAGCAGCAUGGCUGGCAAGUUCGAGCGGCAGCAUCUGCGACUACCGCGCCACCAUCGCGCCGAUGACGGCCCAAGCCGUCCCCGUGCGGACGUCGUGGACGGGCAAGGCGGCGGAGAAGAAGAAGCCGAGCGCGGUGCUGCAGGUUCGCGGCAAGGUGGACCGCUCGUUCUGGCGGCACGCGGUCGGCAUCGAGCGGCUGGGCGGGCGGAGGGCCUCCGGAGAGUCGGGCGGCGGCAGGCGGGAUUUCGUGCACGUCGAGGGGAGGAGGCGGACGGAGCUGCGGAUAGAGAUGGAUGUGGAUGAGGGGGGCGAUUACGCGGCUGGGGGUGGAGGCGGGUAUGGUGACGACGACGAUGAUGACGGUGGGGCGUUUGGGGAGUUGGUUUUCCUUGCGCUGGUGGCGUACAAGUUGGAUCCGACGGCGGUGAAGGGGAGGAGGGAUGCGAGGGUGGUUGAGGGGCUGGUGUUGGAGAGGGCGUAUACGUCGAGGGUCAAGGACUCGUGGCAGAGAGUGGGCGUAUUUGCAUGCGAGUAUGCGGGGAUAACGGACGGAGUUGGUGGAGGGUGGAGAGGUGUUGGGGGCGCCGUUGCUGCUGUUGAGAAGGCGGCGGUUGGGAAGGGGAGUGCGGAGGAACUGUACCAGAAUUUCCUGGCACUGCCGGAUAAGUCUGUGCUGCUGGUGUGA